UGUGACUCAACAAUUGGAUGGCGGCUGGUGGGAAGGUUCGUUGAAUGGGGUCGUUGGCUGGUUUCCUAGCAAUUACGUGGUCACAAUGCCGGACGAGUUAGCCAGGACCAAUACUCAGCCGUCGCCCGCUGGACAUGAUCAUCAAAUCUUAGCUCAUCUGCACAAUUUUCAAGAUGAGAUUCUUCAACAUAUUCUCGAAGGAGAAAUCAGACAGGUGAAUGAGCUUGCACAGCUCGUCUCCUCAUUCAUCACGUACUUGGAACCACUCGGCCACUUGCCUUUUCUGAACAAGAUUUUUCACAUGAAGGCGUUGUUGAAUCAGGCAAUCAAUAUGCAUCAAGCGAUCGCGUCGGCCUUGAUAGAUAUGAAACAACGGCCCAACGAGCCCAAACGUGUUGGAAAACUAUUCCUGAAUUUCGCAUCCACAGUGAAUGCAAUAGGGUGCGAUUACUCUAAAGUUCACCUGUACAUUGUGACUGGUUUAGACAAAAACGUUGAUUUAAUCGAGCGUCAUCUGACUUCACGUGGUAUCAAAUUUCAACUGGCUCGGUGCAAACAACAGCUGUGUCUCGUGUUUGACCGCCUUGGUCGGUAUCCUCUACUUCUCAAGGAGAUUGAACGCUAUCUGGAGCAUCCUCAUGUUGACCGGGAGGAUAUAUUGCAAGCAAUGAACGUUUACGGAGAAAUAACGGAGCGCUGUGCCAUUCUUCGAAAAUUCAAAGAGUAUGAUAUUGAUAUUCUGUUGUCGACGAUUAACUCGUGGCAAGGCGUUAGUAUUGAUAAGCUCGGCGAUCCGAUCCUCACGCUUCGUGUCGUGGUGACGGACGUGGAACAAGAUCCGGCCGAUCCUUCCCCUAUAGUUUUGCACACGACCACCAUCGAUGGUGGUGUACGUGGAGGCCAGUUGUCCGUGGUCAUGAUCUUUCCCACAUGUGUCCUUCUUUUGGCACGAACACAGCAGAGCAACGUGUAUGAAUUUACCACAAAACUUUCCUUGAAUACACUCACUGUGGUCGGAUGCUUCGACAGUGAUACUGAUCUGGAUUUGAUCGUAUCCGCCUUUUCGUCGAAUCGCGAAUCGGUCCGCCCUUGUCGUAUCGCGCUCAGUUGCACGGACCAGAAUGCGCGUGAUUUGCUCCUAUCAACCCUUACUGACUUAAUUCAUUAUCAGACACAGACUGGGCCGCCGGCGGUUACACGGAGUUCAACUCAAGUGCUUAGUGAAACGGCCGUUGCAUCGUCGACAGUAGACGCAGACGUUCGGGGUGUUCAGCUCGACGAACCAAGUGCAGCGGAUUCCUCAUCGGUUAGCAAACAAUCACAGAGCAGCAGUUCUGCGCCCCGACCUCCAGCUGUUUCAUCAGAUCCACACCUUUCGGGCGAUACUCAGAUUCUUGGCUCCGUGUCCACCACAUCAAGUGAUGCUGCCGCAGCCGCCCGCGAGACCACACCCCCUUCGCUGAAUACAAAACUGAACACAACUACAUCUCCCUCUUUGGCUCAUCAGAAUUCCCCAUCAUUCUCCUCGGGCGUGCACAUGUUGCCCCAUCAAAUCACCCACCAUGCUCACGUUCAGUGGCUCACUCCACCGGACCAGUGCCAAAAGGAAAAUGAGAAGCCAUUACCUCCACGCGUGCUUCGCAGUCUGCACCUUGACGGUCCAUUGGACAUGAACCAACAUAGCUGGUCUAACCGCGUCUUUUCCUACAUUAACUUGGGCGGAGGUCCUGCCGGUUCAUUUACGUCUUCCAUAGGCAAUAAAUCCACGGUGCCGGAUGGCUCCACUGAGGCUCCAACUAGAUCCCGUCCCUACAGCCCCAAGGCGGAUGGUGUGAAGGAGCUACGACGCAAGAAAUCAGAUCGCCAAAAGAGUGCCAUCAAUGUGGACGAAGUUCUUCGUUCAGUGGACAAAUUACACGAUACUGAGCGUCGAACGGCUGAUGCGGCGCUCAUUCUACAAGUUGUGGAAGCCUACUGUGCCAGUGCAUGGACUGAGCUUGGUUGCCGUUCCGUUGAGGCCGGCCAACUGAAUAAGAAGGACUCAAACAGCCGUCUGAUCUCUACUGUGAUCUCCCCUACGGAGAGUAAAACGUUAAUACAGCAGUUCUCACCAUCUUUGAGCUUACAAAGUGGAUCGGAGCCCCAGAGGCAUUCGACUGCGAUCAUUCCUACUGAACUCGCAUUUACUGGACGAGGUGACCAGGAUGCUUCUUUGCUUGUUAACCGUGGUGGUUUGGCGAAACGCUCUGGUUCGAAGAACAAGGCGGACCUGUUACAGGCUCCCGUUUGCUCGGGUGAUCAAAGCGUACCUUCGCUUCAUUCAACAUAUUCGAAUGCCCCUGGAGACUCCGUUGUUCUCUCAAUGUCUCCUCCGCCAGUAAUAUUGCCCACUCGGAGCGGGCGCCGUCUGUAAAUCCGCUUCGCAGUGCUCCCAUCAGCUUCACAUGAUUUCACUUCAUUUAUCGAUCCGUCAAGCACAUUUGCAUGGCUUUCGUACAUUUUAAUUUGCAGCUCCUUUUGUUCGCCAAUACCAUUAGCAUUCACCAGUUUUAUCCCACCGUAACUUUUAGUCACGUUUUAUUGUUUUUUCUUUAUAUCCUACCUCACUUUGCCUAGAACCCCUUUUAGUUGUGUUUUCUCUCUCAUUCGAGAUCAAAUUAUGAAUAGUUUUUCCCUUUUUUGUUUUUCACUCGCUGCCAACUUACAUUUGAGACUUUUUCCAAAGAAAGUGAUCGUCCAUUUUAACUGGCUUUCAUAGAACCUAUAUAUAUAUAUUUGAC